AUGGACAGUGAAGAAAAAGAGGACGCCGAGGCUAGCUUCACGCUGCCCCUUCCUCCCGAACCAAAAAAGAGAAAACUUGAUACCAGCAAGUGUAUUAUUUGCCAAAGAUGUAAAGGUAAUGACCCUCUUAGAACGCCAAAGGAAUCUUCCAUUGAAAAGCUCAUUACGUCAGCAAAGCAACGAGGAGAUGGAGUCCUGUGUGGGCUUGCAAAUGGUGCUGAGAUUGUAUGGCAUUUGCCUUGUUACGCGUCGUACACAAGUGCACGUAACAUUCGUUCUGCAGUCAACUCGCUCCAAUCCCAGAUUUCCGAUAUCGAGAGUGAUUGUAGUAAAGGAGACGAGGGCUGUAGACUUUCUUGAUCUGCAACAGACGUUAUAGAUUGGUCAAAGUGUUUGUUUUGCAAAAAGAGAACAUACAAGAAAUCAAAGGAUCUUAUCAACGUUUGUACCUUCGAGGCGUCUGAAAAUAUCAGAAAGGCUGCGGAAGCACAAGGGGAUGAGUCCAUGCUGCACGUCCUUAGAAGCAUUAGUUACGAUCUCAUUGCCUCAGAAGCAAAGUAUCAUAAAAACUGUUACUCUCUGUAUAUUUUGAAAAAGGAUUUCAAGGCUAAAGAAUGCAACUCUCUUCAUGAAGUUCUUUUCAGGAACUUGUAG